AUGGCCUCACAACUCAUCAACAACCUUGCAACCGCAAACAAGGUUUCGCGAGUACCUGAACAGGAUGACUUGAAAAGGCUGAUGUCCGAGGUAUCAGAUCUGGAGAACCGAGCCUCUGAACUCACCAAUCCCGAUGAGAAACUUGAGCAUAAACAUAAGCUGAUCUAUGUCUUUGCCCGUGCGGUUUUGGAGAGGCUCAGCUCCGAUGAUCCUUUUAUGAACACUUCCCAACUAGUGUCUCAGGCCUCUGAAGCAUUGGAUAUUUUUAUGUCGGCAGUCAAAGAGACACCUGCUGUUCUAAGUUACGUUUUGAAUGCGGAAGAAGUUCUCCAGGCUCGCGGUCAGGAGCCGCUCUGGAACUGGUUAUUUCCACGAGUCUUGACCCUUUUGGGACGGCGAGAAUAUGAUGCCCUGACUGAGAAAAUCAAAGACUUUUUCUAUGUAUGCUUUCAGGUUGUCUCCCGAUCACCUAAGCUAUGGAAUUUGAACCACUAUUUCUUCUAUUAUCUCAAGGAGUGCGCAUCAACUAUUUUGAUCCACCUUCAAAACCCUGCUAUUAUUUCUCAUGGACAGAUACCUGAAAUUAUCACACCCUCUGGUACACUGGAUAGCUCCAUGUUUUUCCAGCAAAAAGAAGACUCGGCCAACGUAGCGCCCCUCUGCAAAUAUAGAGUCUAUGAUAUCUCCCAUGCGUUCUGGAAUCUCAAUAGCCUCUUAAAUAUCCUGGUUGAUAUAUCUGUGGAAGGUGCAGCGUCUUUUGAUGCAACCCCGGCGUUUCAAGACUAUUUGGCAUGGGUCUUGGACUCAUUUCUUGCUAUUCGCGACUUACAGAGGCGAUGGCGGGUUAAUCCGCAACUACAGCAGUCCUGUAAUGGUGCUACUGCAAUAGCCCUUUCUGCUGUGCAAGCGCUACUGUCAUCACUUCGAGAGACUUUAUCGGAGACUACCCUACGCAAGGGCUGCCUUAUACUGGCAAUAUAUUGCGCUGAUCUCCUGGAGGAGUCAAGCGAUGGCUUGAAGACAUCAAGUCAACUCACGGUUUGCCGCAGCUUCUUGUAUUUGAGCACUAUCUGCACAAAGCAUGAUUCUGUUUGUCAAGCUAUAUCUCUGCAUCUUGUGCCGACCAUCAAAGCCGUUUUAAGCAACCAAAAUGGGCAUCCGGGCCUCGGAGAAGACUUCCAGAAAAUGGCAAUAAUACUCUGUGAGGCAUGUCAUAUUAAACUACCUGAGGUACAAGGCCAAGUUGCCACAGGUCCCUUUGAUAGUGAUGAGCUAGAUUCGGAAUUUCGCUCUCUCGGCUUUCAAAAUGAACCUUGUGGAGAGACCCACGAUGUUCGGCCAGCUAAGCGUCGCAAACUGGAAGAAACAAGUAGCAUUUUUGAAGAACUUGUAGGCGAUCUCCACUCUCUACUUGGACUUCAAAAAUCUAUGAACUUGGAUGGCUUAAGUCAAGCGAUCGAGUCUUGCUUUGCUGCUUUAAAUGAUGCCGACCGGUGCAGAGCCAUCCAGUAUAUUUCUCUCAUCCCAUGUGCAGCUUAUGGUUCUUUAAAAUUAGCUCAGAAUAAAGAUGGAACAAUUCGGGAAGCCACAUGUUCCCUGUGCGAAGCAACCCAGGAAGCCAACUCAAUCAACUUGGAUAGUACCCGAUGCCGCAAUAUCAGUGGCGAAGCUGUUGAUAUUUUUAAUACUCUCGUCAAGUCGACUUCUUUUCUAGACUCAAGGCGGCCUCGUGUUAUAGCGAUGUAUGCCCUCAGACGAUUCACCGUACAUUUUGACGACGCAAACUUUGUUGAUUUAGAGAAAUCUUCUUUAGGACAGUGGUGUUUGCAGUCUCUUCGGAGCUCAAUCCGAGAACUCCGCAUUGCGGCUGGUCGAACUCUCCCUGGGUUUCUGAGCGGUCCAGGAUCAAUCGAAAGCUUGACGCGGAGGAAUAGAUUCAAUGUAUUCGAAUUGCUACGUUCCUUUUCGGAAGAGGCCAAUAUCCAUUUCCAAGAGACGUGUCUUCUAGCUUGGGGCCAGUUGGGACGUAUCUCGGACGGUGAUGAAUUGAACAUCGUACUUUUGAGUCUAGUCAGGUAUUUAGGGAGCAGCAAUCCUGUAGUCUCCGGUGUUGCAUUCAACGAGAUACUCAAAUUAUCCAAAGCCGGCGGGAUCAGCACGAAGCGGCUGUUCAGCCCCUAUUGGGAUACCAUAGCCAUUGAAGCUGUUAAAGAUCUCUUAGUCAGGCCUCAGACCACGCAAUCCAUAGCUGACCUAUUGGGAGUUUCAGUAUCCGAAUUCCUUGUUCUUACUCAAGGGUCCACGCUUCCAUGGCUUGUAUUAUUUGGCCAACCAGACGUUAUUAAAAGGAUAGCUGAGGCACGCAAAGACGAAGAAUCCUGGCUCGCCUGCAUGGAAACUUCAAACUUAGUAGCGAUAGUCCCACUCUUGCUAAUCCAGAAUGUGCCAAACACCGAGGCCUUUGUUAUGAAUCGUUUCAAAGCGGCGUCUCCGAAAUUAGAUCAGAUGGAUUUCACAGAACUAAUGAGAGUUGAGCCAGCUUCUCAGGCUUUCCAUCUACUGAAGGCUGCGGGAGAGGCCGACGAUACCAAGAAAUCCAAGAUCCAUACAGCGCUACAAUUCCUAGCUAAGCAUGCACACGCCGCCGUCGAUGGGAGUCAUAAGAAAGUUUCUGUUGGCCGGUUUCUGGAGCAGCACCUCUUGGGCCUGGUUGCUCGCCUAUCGGACAUUGUCAAUGAUUCACGAGAUGAGCACCCAACCAAGGAGAAAGAGCGAUGCGUCAAGGCUUUUGAGGAGCUUGUAAAGGUUGCUAAAGUGCAUACUAGGAUUGCUCGCCCUCAGAUUUGUGCAUGCCUUCAGUCGGCCUUGGCUCAUAAAGAACUUCAAGCGUCCGCCUUUUCAGCCUGGGCAACUAUGCUUACACAUCUCGCAGACGAUGACGUGGAGUCUAUGUUAGAGAGUACUUUCUCUACCCUUAUCCAGCACUGGGCGAACUUCAAUGGUGCUACAAAACAGCGUGCAGAAGAGAUUCUCCAGCAUUUACUCAAGCAUCGGGCACGCCUUAUUCGCAAUGCAAUCGUCAAUUUGCCGUCACUAUCGCAGCUUCAGGAGCUUGCUGAUGUUGAGGCUGCGAUUAGUAAAUGGAGGGCGCCCACUGAUGCCAGCAAUGCCUUCCAAAUAUUCAGUCGAAGGAUUGGGCAUGAGAAUUCGGGCGUUGUUUUCCAGGCUCUAGUUGAACUAAAAUCAUAUCUGCAGACGCACCAAUCUUUUCUCCAGGCUUCGGCAAUCAGCGAACAGCCAGACAACGUUGUUGGCCUGCUUGUCAGAUCAAUUCUGGAUACCUGCGUCAAGUUCAACAGUUCUCAUCUAGAUAUUGCUAGAUUAUCUGCCGAAUGUAUUGGUCUUAUUGGCUGUUUGGACCCCAACAGAGUCGAGUCUGUUCGAGAGCAGAAAGAGAUGGUUGUCGUCUCGAAUUUUGAGGAUACUGGCGAAACAACGGAUUUCGUGCUCUUCAUUCUAGAAGAAGUAAUAGUCAAGGCUUUUCUGUCGGCUUCCGACACCGUGUGGCAAGGAUUUCUAUCCUAUGUUAUGCAAGACCUUCUCUUCAAAUGCGACAUUAGGGACGUAUGUGGGCCCAUAAUUGCGGAUAACGGAAGGGGUUCUGAGCACGAGAUUUACCAAAAGUGGCUGAAGCUUCCUGGAACUGUUCGGGAUACCCUAACCCCGUUCCUCACCUCAAAAUAUAUCUUACACGAGAGAGAUCUGCCGAAGUACACGUAUCCAAUAUUCUGUCCUGAAAAUAUGGUUUCCGACAAAGUCUACAAUGUCUGGCUUAGGGCAUUUGUCCUCGACCUGCUCCAGAAACCGCUCACUCACAGCUCCAGUAUUAUAUUUCCAACCUUGUGUCGUACGAUUAGGAUACGAGACACUUCGAUUGCUAGCUUCCUGCUACCAUAUGUGGUUCUACAUGCCAUUGUGUUAGGGACCGAUCAGAACAGACAAGAAAUUGGCCAAGAGCUUCUUCGUGUCUUGACGUAUGAAGUGAAACCUGAUUCGAAGAUUAGGAGAGAAGACUUGAAACUAUCUGUUGAGGCUGUGUUUGGGGUGCUAGAUUACCUUUCUCGUUGGGUACAGGAGAAGCAGGCACAGUCAAGUCGUACCCGGCAUGACCCAACUGCGGCUACCAAGGGGAUCCAACGAGUAGGAACCGUCCUAUCCAUGAUCCCUCCUGAGAUCAUUUCCCAGCGUUCAGUAGAGUGUAAAUCAUACUCCCGUGCACUCUUUUACUGGGAACAGCACAUCCGCCACGUUCGAGAUGCCCAGGAAGGCCCAGCCUCAGACACACAACUAUUAGAGCGACUACAAGACAUAUAUACCCAGAUUGAUGAGCCUGAUGGCAUUGAGGGAAUAUCUGCGCACCUUCAUGUUUUAGAUAUCGAACAACAGAUUUUAGGCCAUCGCAAAGCUGGGCGGUGGACAGCUGCGCAGAGCUGGUAUGAGAUCAAACUCGCAGAUGCCCCUGACGAUGUUGAUGUGCAAGUCAAUCUUCUGACAUGCCUUAAAGAGUCUGGUCAACAUGAUGUUCUACUAAACUAUGUUGAAGGCAUGCGAGUUGCCACAGAAACUGCUCCUCGACUCAUUCCAUUUGCAACGGAGGCUUCAUGGGCAACAGGUAGGUGGCUGGCCUUGAAUAAAUAUACAUCCAUGGCUUCCAAGGGAAUGAGUGAAGACUUCAAUGUAAGGGUUGGUCAUGCUCUUCUUGCAUUGCAUAAGAAGGACCCCCAGGCCUUCCAGUCCACUAUUCAAUCUACUCGGGAACAGAUUGCAUGCUCGUUGUCAAUGUCAACGACAGCCUCGAUUGGGACCUGCCAUGACACCAUGCUUAAGCUUCAUGUACUUACAGAGCUAGAAAUGAUUGCCGGGCUAGACUCUGGAGCUGUGGUUGACCGCCCAAAAGUCCUAGCAUCUCUAAAUCGACGACUUGAAGCCAUCGGUGCUUAUCUUAAUGACAAGCAGUAUCUGCUCGGCAUUAGGCGUGCUGCCAUGCAGCUCUCGAGCUCUCAUUUUACAGAAGGGGAUGUUGCUUCAGCGUGGCUAACGAGUGCGCGACUCGCAAGAAAAGGAAACGCCAUCCACCAGUCAUUCAAUGCCGUUCUUCACGCAUCUCAGCUUAAAGACGAAUCAGCAACCAUCGAACAUGCUAGACUUCUAUGGAAAGAGGGGCAUCAUCGCAAGGCUAUACAGAACCUCCAAGGUGCGAUCGAGAGUAACGCCUUUAUAUCCCACGAUAGAGAUGCAGACCUCACCAACUUCACGGGCGUCGAUACAGCAGAUCAGCAGAACUUCCUCACUGCUAGAGCACACCUUUUGCUUGCCAAAUGGCUAGACGCCGCCGGCCAAACCCAUUCCGUGGCGCUUCGAUCACAAUAUCAACUAGCUGCCAAAACCCACUCAAGCUGGGAAAAGGGACAUUACUACCUUGGGCGUCAUUAUAACAAACUACUGGAGACGGAAAAGAACCUUCCGCCUAAUCUUCAGGCCGAGACAUACCUCACUGGGGAAACAGCUAAACUCGUUAUCGAGAAUUACCUGCGGUCGCUGAGUUUCGGAACCAAAUACCUCUAUCAAACUUUGCCACGAAUCCUCACCCUUUGGCUCGAUCUUGGUAUUCAAGUCAGUCAGCCAGUUGAACCCCGCUAUGGCGACUCAAAAGACUUCGUCACGAGAAUUAUCAAUGCCCGGAAAGACUAUCUUACACAGCUACACAACCGUUUCAGCAAGUACAUCCAGAAGAUGCCGGCCUACAUCUUCUACACCGCACUACCUCAGAUAGUUGCCCGAAUUGCACAUCCAAAUGUCGACGUCUUUAAAUUCCUCUCGCAGAUCAUUUUCAAAGUUGUCUCUGCACAUCCGCAACAGGCAUUGUGGAGUCUCCUUGCUGUGUGUUCGUCGAACCAAUUAGAUCGCAAGAGUCGAGGAGCGUCGAUCCUGCAAAGUCUCUGUAACAGCUCUAGCAAGCGAGCUGAGUCUGGGGCGGCGAGCAUCAAGUCUAUGAUCCGGCAUGGCGAGCGUCUUUGCGAGCAGUUACUCAUGGUCAGCACAUAUGGCGAUUUCCAAGGCAAUCGAACCGCUUGGGUCAGCUUGAGCAAAGACCUCAAAUUUAACUCCAAAGGUUGUUUACCAAAUUUUAUGGCUGUCCCGGUUGAGCGUGUUUUGACAGCGACCCUUCCGACUCUCACAGAUAACAUCCGAACCCACAAGGCAUUCUCUCAAGAUAUUGUAACCAUUGAUUCUUUUUCGGAGGAAGUUAUGGUACUAAGUUCCCUUCAAAAACCUCGAAAGCUUACUGCUCUCGGAUCAGACGGGAAGACUUACGGUCUGAUGUGCAAACCUAAGGACGAUCUACGAAAGGACCAGCGACUCAUGGAAUUCAACAGCAUGAUAAACAGAUCAUUGAAACGAGACGCCGAAUCUAGCAGACGGCAACUGUAUAUCAAGACGUAUGCGGUGACUCCUCUCAAUGAGGAAUGUGGCAUCAUUGAAUGGGUGGAUGGGCUGAAAACUCUUCGAGAUAUCCUUCUAGGUCUCUACAAGGCCCGAGGUAUCUCGGUGAAUUACAAGGAGAUCGAGGCGUUAUGUGAAGAAGCUACUAGAUCCGAAGACAAGUUACCAUUCUAUACGAAAAAGGUUUUGGGCCAGUUUCCUCCUGUCUUCCACAAGUGGUUUGUGCAGCAAUUUCCCGAACCUUCGACAUGGUUCGCAGCUCGACUACGAUACACCCGAUCUUGCGCGGUCAUGUCUAUGGUCGGUACGAUUCUAGGCUUAGGCGAUCGUCAUGGCGAAAAUAUACUUUUUGAAGAAGGCAAUGGUGGGACGUUCCACGUCGACUUCAACUGCCUUUUUGAAAAAGGCCUCACCUUCCUCAAACCUGAGCGAGUGCCUUUCCGAUUGACGCACAACAUGGUCGAUGCAAUGGGAAUGUAUGGCUACGAGGGGCCGUUCCGCAAAUCAUCAGAGCUAACUCUCAAACUUCUCCGGCAACACGAGGAAACUUUGAUGACCAUCUUAGAGGCUUUCGUGUACGAUCCUACACUAGAUCUUAUUAAGAAACCGGAGAAAAAGAGAAGAGAGGGUGCAUCUGUGGUGCCUCCAACUGCUCAGGGUGUGCUUGAUAAUAUCCGGAGAAAGGUUAGGGGCUUGUUGCCGGGGGAAAGCGUUCCUCUGGGUGUUGAGGGACAGGUUGAUGAGCUUAUUAAACAGGCAACCAACCAGACAUUUUUGGCGGGCAUGUAUAUUGGCUGGUGUUCUUUCUUCUAA